CUCUCGCGCCCGCGCUCCUCUUCCCUCCAGGAGACAUGGCGGGCGGGAGCGGGGACGUUCGCAAGCUCUUCAUCUUCACCACGACCCAGAACUACUUCGGUCUGAGGUCGGACCUCUGCGAGCAGCCGCUGCUGUGCAACUGCCUGGAAAUCAACAACUUCCUGGACGAUGGGAACCAGAUGCUGCUCCGGGUGCAGUGGUCCGACGCGGGGCUGUCCUUGUCCAACUCGAUUGAUUUUGGUGACACAAAAGAUAAAGUCCUGGUAUUUUUCAAGCUGCGACCUGAAGUCAUUACAGAUGAGAAUCUGCAUAAUAACAUUCUGGUUUCAUCUAUGUUGGACUCCCCUAUCAAUUCCCUUUACCAAGCAGUUCGGCAAAUAUUUGCACCCAUGUUGUUAAAGGAUCAAGAAUGGAGCAGAAACUUUGACCCCAAGCUUCAGAAUCUUUUGAGUGAACUGGAAGCUGGAUUGGGUGUAGUUCUACGAAGAUCAGACACUAACUUUUCAAAAUUGAAACUUAAGGAAGAUGGAACAAGAGGUAUUCUCACACCAAGUGAUGAGUUCCAGUUUUGGAUAGAACAAGCUAAUCGUGGAAAUAAGCAGAACAGCAGAGAAAGAGCCAGUUAUUUUAAAGAAUUAUUUGAAACAGUUGCAAGGGAAUUUUAUAACCUGGACAGCCUAUCUUUGCUGGAAGUUGUUGACUUGGUGGAGACAACUCGGGAUGUUGUGGAUGAUGUGUGGAGACAAACAGAGCAUGAGCACUACCCCGAGUCUCGGAUGUUGCACCUCUUAGAUAUCAUAGGUGGUUCAUUUGGAAGGUUUGUUCAGAAAAAGCUGGGAACAUUGAACCUAUGGGAAGAUCCCUAUUAUCUUGUGAAAGAGAAUCUCAAAGCUGGCAUUUCAAUUUGUGAGCAGUGGGUGAUCAUCUGCAGUCACCUAACUGGUCAGGUGUGGCAGCGGUACAUCCCUCAUCCAUGGAAAAAUGAAAAAUAUUUCCCAGAAACCCUUGAUAAACUUGGCAAGCGCCUUGAAGAGGUCUUGGCUGUUCGAACAAUUCAUGAGAAGCUUCUCUAUUUUUUGCCUGCCAGUGAAGAUAAAAUUAUAUGCCUGUCUCGAGUGUUUGAACCUUUCAUGGGCCUGAAUCCUGUGCAGUAUAAUCCAUACACCGAGCCUUUAUGGAAAGCUGCCGUGUCUCAGUAUGAAAAAAUUAUUGCGCCUGCAGAACAGAAAAUAGCUGGAAAACUAAAACAUUAUAUUUCAGAAAUUCAAGAUAGUCCACAGCAGCUUCUUCAAGCAUUUCUAAAAUAUAAAGAGUUGGUAAAACGACCGACGAUAAGCAAAGAAUUAAUGUUAGAGAGAGAAACGUUACUGGCAAGACUUGUGGACUUAGUUAAAGAUUUUCGAUUAGACUUUGAGAAUCGGUGUCGAGGAGUUCCUGGUGAUGCAUCUGGACCUCUUUCUGGCAGAAACCUUUCAGAAGUUGUCAAUAACAUUGUUUGGGUUCGCCAGUUGGAAUUAAAGGUUGAUGACACCAUCAAGACUUCAGAGGCGCUUUUAUCUGACCUGUCAGGAUUUCGCUCGUUCCAUCGAAGUGCAGAAGAUCUCUUGGACCAGUUUAAACUUUAUGAACAAGAACAGUUUGAUGACUGGUCCAGGGAUGUUCAGUCAGGGUUGUGUGAUUCCAGAUCUGGUCUGUGCAUUGAGGCUAAUAGUCGGAUUAUGGAAUUGGAUCCUAAGGAUGGAUCAUUAAAAGUGCAUUAUUCAGAUCGCUUGGUGAUUCUUCUGAGAGAAGUUCGUCAGCUUUCUGCCCUGGGCUUUGUUAUUCCUGCCAAAAUACAGCAGGUUGCCAACAUUGCACAGAAGUUCUGCAAGCAAGCAAUUAUUCUUAAACAAGUGGCACAUUUUUACAAUUCUAUUGACCAGCAAAUGAUUCAGAGUCAGAGGCCAAUGAUGUUACAAUCUGCCUUAGCCUUUGAACAGAUAAUUAAGAAUUCAAAAGCUGGAAGUGGAGGGAAGUCACAUAUUACUUGGGAUAAUCCUAAAGAGUUAGAAGGCUAUAUCCAAAAACUCCAACGUGCUGCUGAGCAACUUGCCACUGAAAAUAGAAAACUGAGAAAAUGGCACACUACCUUUUGUGAAAAGGUGGUGACUCUCAUGAACAUUGAUCUACUUCGGCAGCAACAGCGUUGGAAAGAUGGGUUACAAGAACUGAGAACGGGCUUGGCGAAUGUGGCGGCCCAGGGAUUCCAAGCCAGUGACAUGCACGCAUGGAGACAGCACUGGAACCAUCAGCUGUAUAAGGCUCUGGAGCAUCAGUAUCAGAUGGGCCUGGAGGCACUCAAUGAGAACCUGCCUGAAAUCAACAUAGACUUGACUUACAAACAAGGACGGUUACAAUUCAGACCUCCAUUUGAAGAAAUCCGUGCCAAGUAUUAUCGAGAAAUGAAGAGGUUCAUUGGCAUACCAAAUCAGUUUAAAGGUGUGGGGGAAGCAGGAGAUGAAUCUAUUUUUUCUGUUAUGAUUGAUAGAAACGCAAGUGGAUUUCUGACCAUUUAUAGCAAAGCAGAAGAUCUGUUUAGAAGAUUGUCAGCUGUUUUACACCAACAUGAGGAAUGGAUUGUGAUUGGACAAGUUGACAUGGAAGCCCUGGUGGAAAAGCAUCUUUUUACUGUACAUGACUGGGAGAAAAAUUUUAAAGCCCUGAAAAUAAAAGGGAAAGAAGUAGAACGCCUUCCAAGUGCUGUCAAAGUGGAUUGUUUAAAUAUCAACUGUAGCCCUGUGAAGACUGUGAUUGAUGAUCUCAUCCAGAAGUUAUUUGAUGUGCUUGUUCUCUCUUUGAAGAAGUCCAUCCAGGCUCAUAUACAUGAAAUUGAUACAUUUGUUACUGAGGCCAUGAAAGUCUUAACAGUUAUACCCCAGUCCGUGGAAGAAAUAGGUGAUGCAAAUUUACAGUAUAGCAAGCUGCAGGAACGGAAGCCUGAGAUUUUGCCUUUAUUUCAAGAAGCUGAAGAUAAAAACAAACUUUUGCGCACUGUAGCAGGCGGAGGUUUAGAAACAAUUUAUAAUCUGAAAGCCAAGUGGGAUAAAUUUGAGUUAAUGAUGGAGAGCCACCAACUUAUGAUUAAAGAUCAGAUUGAAGUGAUGAAAGGAAACGUCAAGUCGCGUCUCCAGAUGUAUUUUCAAGAACUGGAAAAAUUUAAAGCUCGUUGGGACCAACUGAAACCCGGUGAUGAUGUAAUUGAAGCUGGGCAGCAUAAUACUCUUGAUAAAAGUGCAAAGUCAAUAAAGGAGAAAAAAAUUGAGUUUGAUGAUCUGGAAGUCAUAAGAAAAAAGCUGGUUGAUGAUUGCCAUCACUUUGGGCUAGAAGAGCCCAACUUCUCUCUGGCAUAUAGCAUCUCUAAGGACAUUGAGAGCUGCGCACAAAUGUGGUCCCUUUAUGAAGAGUUUCAGCAAGGACUUCAGGAAAUGACCACUGAAGAUUGGAUUACUUUUCGGAGUAAGACCUAUGUAUUUGAGGAAUUUUUGAUGAGCUGGCAUGAAAGGUUAAGGAAAAUUGAAGAACAUUCAGUUAUGACAGUAAAAUUACAAUCAGAAGUUGACAGAUAUAAAACUGUGAUUCCUGUAUUGAAAUAUGUGAGAGGGGAGCAUCUUUCUCCAGAUCACUGGCUUGACCUAUUUCGUCUGCUUGGCCUUCCUAGAGGGACUAGUCUAGAGAAAUUAAUGUUUGGGGAUCUCCUUAGAGUAUCAGAUACAAUAGUAGCCAAAGCUUCAGACCUUAAGGAUUUAAAUAGUCGGGCACAAGGUGAAGUUACCAUCAGAGAAGCUUUACGUGAACUUGAUCUUUGGGGAGUUGGAUCAGUUUUCUCAUUGAUUGAUUAUGAAGACAGCCAAAACCGAACUAUCAAGCUCAUUAAAGAUUGGAAAGAUAUAGUGAAUCAGGUUGGAGAUAAUAGAUGCCUUCUUCAAUCCUUAAAAGAUUCUCCCUAUUAUAAAGGAUUUGAAGAUAAAGUAUCAAUUUGGGAGAAAAAGCUUGCCCAAUUAGAUGAGUAUCUGCAGAAUUUAAAUCAUAUUCAGAGAAAGUGGGUGUAUUUGGAACCCAUUUUUGGCCGUGGAGCAUUGCCAAAAGAACAGACACGCUUCAAUAAAGUUGAUGAAGAUUUUAGAUCAAUAAUGACCGACAUCAAGAAAGACAAUAGAGUCACAACGUUAACUACUCAUGCAGGAAUCAGAAAUGCCCUGCUGACAAUACUUGAUCAGCUCCAAAGAUGUCAGAAAUCAUUAAAUGAAUUUUUGGAGGAAAAACGAUCAGCAUUCCCAAGAUUUUAUUUUAUUGGCGAUGAUGACUUAUUAGAAAUCCUGGGCCAGUCUACUAACCCCUCAGUGAUUCAGUCUCAUCUUAAGAAACUGUUUGCUGGUAUCCACAGUGUGUGCUUUGAUGAGGACUCAAAACAUAUAACAGCAAUGAAAUCUUUAGAAGGAGAAAUUGUACCUUUAAAAAAUAAAGUUCUUCUAUCAAAUAAUGUAGAGGCUUGGUUGAAUGAUUUGGCCUUGGAAAUGAAACAGACUUUGAAACAGUUGCUGACGGAAUGUAUAACUGCCGGGCAAAGUUUACAAGGUGCAAUUGACCCAUCUCUGUUCCCUUCACAGGUAUUAUGCUUGGCAGAGCAGAUUAAAUUUACCGAAGAUGUAGAAAAUGCAAUCAAAGAUCAUAGUCUUCAUCAGAUUGAAAAACAACUAGUUAAUAAAUUAGAGUACUAUACCAACAUUGAUGCCAGCUCUGAGGAUCCAGGGAACACGGAAUCGGGCAUUCUGGAGCUUAAACUUAAAGCACUAAUUCUUGAUAUUAUUCAUAAUAUUGAUGUGGUGAAGCAGUUAAACCAAGCUCAAGUUCAUACAACUGAAGACUGGGCUUGGAAAAAACAAGUUAGAUUCUACAUGAAAAGUGAUCACACGUGCUAUGUUCAAAUGGUGGAUUCUGAACUUCAGUAUACUUAUGAGUACCAGGGUAAUGCUCCCAAACUUGUUUAUACUCCACUGACAGACAAGUGCUACCUAACUCUAACACAAGCCAUGAAGAUGGGUCUUGGUGGAAAUCCUUAUGGACCUGCUGGAACUGGGAAAACUGAAUCAGUAAAGGCUUUAGGUGGACUUCUUGGAAGACAAGUUUUAGUCUUUAAUUGUGAUGAGGGUAUCGAUGUGAAGUCAAUGGGGCGAAUUUUUGUUGGUCUGGUGAAGUGUGGGGCCUGGGGUUGUUUUGACGAAUUUAAUAGACUAGAAGAAUCUGUCCUGUCAGCAGUGUCUAUGCAAAUCCAGACAAUUCAAGAUGCUUUGAAGAAUCAUAGAACCGUUUGUGAGCUGCUCGGCAAAGAGGUAGAAAUAAAUUCAAAUUCUGGGAUUUUUAUCACUAUGAAUCCUGCUGGAAAAGGGUAUGGAGGAAGGCAAAAAUUGCCAGAUAAUCUUAAACAGCUUUUUAGGCCAGUAGCCAUGUCUCGUCCAGACAAUGAACUUAUUGCUGAAGUGAUUCUGUAUUCAGAAGGCUUUAAGGAUGCUAAGGAACUGGGCAGAAAAUUGGUUGCUAUUUUCAACCUGUCUAGGGAACUUUUGACACCUCAGCAACAUUAUGAUUGGGGUUUGAGAGCUUUGAAGACAGUUCUGAGAGGAAGUGGAAAUCUUCUUAGACAGUUGAAGAAAAAUGGCACUAAACAGCAUGCCAAUGAAAGUCAUAUUGUGGUACAAGCACUACGGCUUAACACAAUGUCAAAGUUCACAUUUGCUGAUUGCACCCGCUUUGAUGCACUGAUUAAAGAUGUGUUUCCUGGCAUUGACUUUAAGGAAGUAGAAUACGAAGAAUUAAGUGCCGCAUUGAAGCAAGUCUUUGAGGAGGCCAAUUAUGAAAUUGUACCCAAUCAGAUCAAGAAGGCUUUAGAAUUAUAUGAACAGUUAUGCCAGAGGAUGGGAGUUGUCAUUGUUGGCCCAAGUGGUGCUGGAAAAUCUACCCUGUGGAGAAUGCUACGGGCAGCACUUUGUAAAAUUGGCAAAGUAGUAAAACAAUAUACUAUGAAUCCCAAAGCUAUGCCUAGACACCAAUUAUUAGGCCAUAUUGACAUGGAUACAAGGGAAUGGUCUGAUGGUGUUUUGACUAAUAGUGCUCGCCAAGUAGUUCGUGAACCUCAAGAUGUUAGUUCAUGGAUAAUCUGUGAUGGUGAUAUUGACCCAGAAUGGAUAGAAUCUCUCAAUUCUGUUCUGGAUGAUAAUCGACUGCUCACUAUGCCCAGUGGAGAAAGGAUUCAGUUUGGCCCAAAUGUUAACUUUGUAUUUGAAACUCAUGAUUUAAGUUGUGCCUCACCAGCCACAAUAUCUAGGAUGGGAAUGAUAUUUCUUAGUGAUGAAGAGACAGAUGUUAAUUCUCUGGUAAGAUCAUGGCUGAGGAAUCAACCUGUGGAAUAUAGAAGCAGCCUUGAAGGUUGGAUUGGUGAUUACUUUACUAAUGCUCUGCAGUGGGUUUUAAAGCAGAAUGACUAUGUGGUAGAAACAAGUUUGGUUGGGACUGUGAUGAAUGGUUUGUCCCAUUUGCAUGGAUGCAAAGAUCAUGACCAAUUCAUUAUUAAUCUUAUAAGAGGACUGGGUGGAAAUCUGAAUAUGAAAUCACGCCUGGAAUUUACCAAGGAGGUCUUUAAUUGGGCACGAGAAUCUCCUCCUGAUUGUCACAGACCAAUGGACAUUUACUAUGACUCAGAAAGAGGACAAUUAGCACCGUAUGUGCUGAAGAAGCCAGAAUACUUGACUGCGGAUGACUUCAGUAAUGGCCAUACUCUUCCAGUCAUUCAGAUUCCUGAUAUGCAACGAGGUCUUGAUUAUUUCAGACCUUGGUUAAAUUCUGACACUAAGCAGCCGUUUAUUCUCGUAGGACCAGAAGGAUGUGGCAAAGGGAUGCUAUUGAGAUAUGCCUUUUCUCAGCUGCGGUCCACUGAAAUUGCUACAGUUCACUGUAGUGCACAAACUACUUCUCGACAUCUCCUGCAGAAACUGAGCCAAACAUGCAUGCUAAUCAGUACUAAUACUGGUCGAGUAUACAGACCAAAAGACUGUGAGAGACUUGUUUUGUAUUUGAAAGAUAUCAAUCUACCCAAGAUGGAUAAGUGGGGUACCAGCACUUUGAUAGCUUUCCUUCAGCAGGUAUUGACAUACCAAGGAUUUUAUGAUGAAAAUUUGGAAUGGGUUGGUCUAGAGAAUAUUCAGAUUGUAGCAUCUAUGUCAGCUGGAGGAAGACUGGGAAGACACAGGUUGACCACAAGGUUUACCUCUAUCGUUCGCCUUUGUGCUGUAGAUUAUCCUGAAAGAGAACAAUUGCAAACAAUAUAUGGGGCUUACUUGGAAGCAGUUCUGCAUAAAAAUCUGAAGCAUCAUUCUAUUUGGGGCUCAUCAUCAAAAAUUUAUCUCUUAGCAGGGUCUAUGGUUCAGGUGUAUGAACAGGUGCGGGCCAAGUUCACGGUUGAUGACUACAGUCACUAUCUAUUCACUCCUUGCAUUCUUACCCAGUGGGUUCUUGGUUUAUUCAGAUAUGAUUUAGCAGGAGGAUCCUCAAACCAUCCUGUAGACUAUGUUUUAGAAAUUGUAGCCUAUGAAGCACGACGCUUAUUUCGUGACAAAAUUGUUAGCGCAAAGGAACUUCACUUGUUCGACAGCAUUUUAACAUCCGUGUUGCAAGGAGACUGGGGCUCAGAUAUACUGGAGAAUAUGGCAGAUAGUUUCUAUGUUACAUGGGGAGCUCGACAUAAUUCAGGAGCCAGGGCAGCCCCAGGACAACCGUUACCUCUACAUGGAAAACCACUAGGCAAAUUAAACUCUGUUGACCUCAAGGAUGUUAUAAAAAAGGGUCUUAUUCAUUAUGGAAGAGACAACCAAAAUUUAGAUAUUUUACUUUUCCAAGAAGUUCUGGAGUACAUGUCUAGGAUAGACCGAGUGCUGAGUUUCCCUGGAGGCUCACUUCUGUUAGCAGGGCGCAGUGGCGUAGGUCGCCGGACCAUCACAUCUUUAGUCAGUCACAUGCAUGGAGCAGUGCUGUUUUCCCCAAAGAUUUCCAGAGGAUAUGAACUUAAGCAGUUUAAAAAUGAUCUCAAACAUGUGCUGCAUCUGGCAGGCAUUGAAGCCCAGCAGGUGGUUUUGCUUCUGGAGGACUAUCAGUUUGUACAUCCCACAUUUUUGGAGAUGAUCAAUAGCCUCUUGUCUUCAGGUGAAGUUCCUGGAUUGUAUACUCUUGAAGAAUUAGAGCCCUUGCUCUUGCCUCUUAAAGAUCAAGCUUCACAGGAUGGAUUUUUUGGACAAGUCUUCAAUUAUUUCACUUACAGAAUUCAACAAAACUUACAUAUUGUAUUGAUUAUGGAUUCAGCAAACUUAAACUUCAUAAUAAACUGUGAGAGCAAUCCAGCUUUCUAUAAGAAAUGUCAGGUGCUGUGGAUGGAGGGGUGGUCAGAUAGUAGUAUGAAGAAGAUACCAGAAAUGUUAUUCAGUGAAAUAGAUGGUGAAGAAAAAUCCAGUGAUAGAAAAAGAAAAGAAGACAUGAAAAAAAUUUCAGUUGACCCUGACUUUUUAAAAUCAUUUUUAUUAAUCCACGAGUCUUGUAAAGCAUAUGGUGCUACACCAAGCAGAUAUAUGACUUUUCUGCAUGUGUAUUCAGCCAUUAGUAGCAGCAAGAAGAAGGAAUUACUAAAAAGACAAAGUCAUUUGCAGGCUGGUGUAUCUAAACUAAAUGAAGCCAAAGCACUUGUGGAUGAACUGAACAGAAAAGCUGGAGAGCAAAGUGUAUUGCUUAAAACAAAGCAAGAUGAAGCAGACGCUGCUCUUCAGGAGAUCACUGUGUCAAUGCAGGAUGCAAGUGAGCAAAAAACAGAACUUGAACGACUAAAACAGAGAAUAGCAGAAGAAGUUGUUAAAAUUGAAGAAAGAAAAAGUAAAAUUGAUGAUGAAUUAAAAGAAGUGCAGCCCUUGGUUAAUGAAGCUAAGCUAGCAGUUGGAAACAUUAGGCCAGAAUCUCUUUCAGAAAUCCGCUCAUUGCGUAUGCCACCAGAUGUCAUCCGAGACAUUCUGGAAGGAGUUUUGAGAUUGAUGGGUAUUUUUGACACAUCUUGGGUAAGCAUGAAAAGUUUCCUUGCCAAAAGAGGUGUGAGAGAAGACAUUGCAACUUUUGAUGCAAGAAAUAUUCCAAAGGAAAUAAGACAGAGUGUUGAAGAACUUCUUUUUAAAAACAAAGCCUCUUUUGAUCCAAAGAAUGCUAAGCGUGCCAGCACUGCAGCUGCACCUUUGGCCGCCUGGGUUAAAGCCAAUGUACAGUAUUCACAUGUCUUGGAACGGAUUAAUCCUUUGGAAACUGAACAGGCAGGAUUAGAAUCGAAUUUGAAGAAAACAGAAGAGAGGAAAAGGAAACUAGAGGAUCUUCUUAGUUCGGUUGGCCAGAAGGUGUCAGAACUGAAGGAGAAAUUUCAGAGCAGAACUUCAGAAGCUGCUAAGCUUGAAGCUGAAGUUAGCAAAGCCCAAGAGACUAUCAGAGCUGCAGAGGUCUUGAUCAGCCAGCUUGACAGGGAGCACAGGAGGUGGAACACACAGGUUGCAGAGAUAUCGGAGGAAUUAGCUACUCUUCCUAAAAGAGCUCAGCUAGCUGCUGCAUUCAUCACCUACCUUUCUGCUGCACCAGAAUGUCUUAGAAAGAGCUGUCUGGAGGAGUGGACCAAGUCAGCUGGCCUUGACAAAUUUGAUCUCAGGAAAUUUCUUUGUACUGAAAGUGAGCAGUUAAUUUGGAAGAGUGAAGGCCUGCCAUCAGAUGACCUCUCCAUUGAAAAUGCUCUUGUUAUAUUACAGAUCAUUGGUUUGAAAUCAUGGAGUCGGGUGUGCCCAUUUCUUAUAGAUCCCUCUUCCCAAGCAACAGAGUGGUUAAAGACACAUUUGAAAGACUCACGUUUGGAAAUCAUUAAUCAACAGGAUAGUAACUUCAUCACUGCUCUUGAGUUGGCAGUGCGUUUUGGGAAAACCCUCAUUAUACAAGAGGUGGAUGGAGUGGAACCCGUUCUUUAUCCGUUGUUGAGACGAGAUCUGGUUGCUCAAGGACCACGUUAUGUGGUACAAAUAGGUGACAAAGUUAUUGACUACAAUGAAGAUUUCCGUCUUUUUUUAUCAACAAGAAACCCCAAUCCCUUUAUUCCACCGGAUGCAGCUUCUAUUGUUACUGAGGUAAACUUUACCACAACGAGAAGUGGAUUACGAGGGCAGCUUUUGGCUUUAACCAUACAACAUGAAAAACCCGAUUUAGAAGAACAGAAAACAAAACUAUUACAACAGGAGGAAGAUAAGAAAAUACAGCUGGCCAAGCUUGAAGAAUCUCUUUUAGAGACACUUGCUACAUCUCAAGGCAAUAUUUUGGAAAAUAAGGAUUUGAUUGAAUCUUUGAAUCAGACAAAAGCAAGCAGUGCCCUUAUUCAAGACUCACUUAAGGAAUCUUAUAUGCUACAGAUUUCUCUUGAUCAAGAACGAGAUGCCUAUCUGCCUCUGGCUGAGAGUGCUAGCAAGAUGUACUUCAUUAUCUCUGACUUGUCCAAGAUUAACAACAUGUACCGGUUUAGUUUGGCUUCAUUUCUCCGACUUUUCCAACGAGCCCUGCAGAACAAACAGGAUUCUGAAAGCACUGAACAGAGAAUCCAGUGUCUUAUCAGCUCAUUGAAACAUAUGGUAUAUGAACACAUAUGCCGUUGUUUAUUUAAGGCUGACCAGUUGAUGUUUGCUUUGCAUUUUGUUCGUGGCAUUCAUCCUGAGGUUUUUCAAGAAAAUGAAUGGGAUACAUUUACAGGUGUGGUAGUUGGAGACAUGUUGCGAAAAGCGGACUCUCAACAAAGAAUACGUGAUCAACUUCCAUCGUGGAUCGAUCAGGAAAGAAGCUGGGCAGUGGCAACAUUGAAGAUUUCUCUCCCCAGUCUUUAUCAGACCCUCUGCUUUGAAGAUGGAGCUCUGUGGCGUACUUAUUAUCAUCACUCAAUGUGUGAACAGGAGUUUCCUUCUAUUCUUAUAAAAAAGGUUUCCUUAUUUCAGCAGGUUCUUGUGGUCCAGGCUCUAAGACCAGACAGACUGCAGAGUGCCAUGGCUCUUUUUGCAUGUAAGACUUUGGGACUGAAAGAGCUGUCCCCUCCUCCUCUAAACCUCAAAAGGCUAUACAAAGAGACACUGGAAAUUGAACCCAUUUUGAUAAUCAUUUCCCCGGGAGCUGAUCCUUCUCAGGAACUUCAGGAGCUUGCCAAUGCUGAGAGAAGCGGAGAGUGUUAUCACCAGGUUGCUAUGGGUCAAGGUCAAGCUGAUUUAGCAAUUCAAAUGCUAAGAGAAUGUGCCCGCAAUGGAGACUGGCUCUGUUUGAAGAACUUACAUCUCGUGGUAUCUUGGCUUCCAGUCCUGGAAAAGGAAUUGAAUACUCUUCAGCCUAAAAAUACCUUCCGUUUGUGGCUCACUGCGGAAGUUCACCCCAACUUCACUCCUAUCUUACUCCAAUCAAGUUUGAAGAUAACAUACGAGUCCCCUCCAGGUUUAAAGAAGAAUUUAAUGCGUACUUAUGAGUCUUGGACUCCUGAGCAAAUUAGCAAAAAGGAUAAUAUUCAACGAGCCCAUGCUCUCUUCAGUUUUGCAUGGUUUCAUGCUGCCUGUCAAGAAAGAAGAAACUAUAUUCCACAGGGUUGGACCAAGUUUUAUGAAUUUUCCUUAUCAGAUCUUCGGGCUGGAUACAAUAUUAUUGACAGACUCUUUGAUGGUACCAAAGAUGUACAGUGGGAAUUUGUACAUGGCUUACUUGAAAAUGCUAUUUAUGGAGGACGUAUAGAUAACAAUUUUGACCUUAGAGUUCUUCAGUCAUACCUGAAACAAUUUUUCAGUUCUUCAAUUAAUGUAUUAAAUCAAAGGAAUAAGAAAAGUGUUUUUCCAUAUUCUGUUUCUCUUCCCAACUCCUGCAGCAUCUUGGACUAUCGUGCUAUCAUCGAAACACUUCCAGAGGAUGAUAAACCUAGCUUCUUUGGUCUGCCUGCCAAUAUUGCUCGCUCAUCUCAGCGCAUGAUUAGUUCGCAGGUUAUUUCUCAGCUGAGGAUCCUGGGUAGAUCUGUACCAGCGGGUUGCAAAUUUGAUAGAGAAAUUUGGUCUAAUGAACUUUCUCCUGUUCUUAAUCUCUGGAAGAAACUAAACCAGAAUUCAAACCUGAUUCAUCAGAAAGUGUUUCCUCCUAAUGAUCGACAGGGAUCUCCAAUAUUAUCCUUCAUCAUUCUUGAGCAAUUCAAUGCCAUUCGUUUAGUACAGAGUGUUCAUCAGUCUCUUGCUGCUCUCAGCAAAGUCAUCAGAGGAACUACUUUACUGACUUCAGAAGUGCAAAAACUGGCAAGUGCUUUAUUGAACCAAAAGUGUCCUCUCACAUGGCAGAGCAAGUGGGAAGGCCCUGAAGAUCCCCUGCAAUACCUUAGAGGUCUUGUAGCUCGUACUCUUGCAAUUCAGAACUGGGUAGACAAGGCUGAAAAACAAGCUCUUCUCUCUGAUACAAUUGACCUAUCUGAACUCUUCCAUCCAGACACAUUUCUUAAUGCUCUUCGCCAGGAAACUGCAAGGGCAAUGGGCCGUUCUGUGGAUAGUCUUAAAUUUGUAGCCUCAUGGAAAGGUCGACUGCAAGAGGCAAAGCUGCAAGUGAAGGUCAGUGGUUUGUUACUGGAAGGCUGCAGUUUUGAUGGAAACAGGCUUUCAGAAAAUCAGCAUGACUCUCCCAGUGUGUCAUCAGUCCUCCCUUGUUUCAUGGGCUGGAUUCCACAGGAUGGCUAUGGUCCAUACUCCUCUGAUGAGUGCAUCUCUUUGCCAGUCUACACAAGUGCUGAAAGGGAUCGUGUGGUGACCAACAUCAGCGUUCCAUGUGGGGGCAACCAAGACCAGUGGAUUCAGUGUGGAGCAGCUCUGUUCCUUAAAAAUCAGUAGAUUCUGGGGGAAUACAGGAUGUGUUAGCCAAUGAAAGUUACUGCUUAAGCUGUACUUGACAUAUGUUUGUUCAAAAUAUUUGCAUGUGGUUUUCUUAUAUUGUUCAUUUCCUUGGGUUUUCAUUUUCUUUAUGUGUUCAUUUUAAAGUAAGAACUUAAUAAAGUUAAUGUUAUAAAGGAGUAUUCUUUUAAUGGCAUUAAUAUUUCUGUGAGGAAGGUUGCUUUUCCAGUGGCUUAAACAUUUGUUUUAAUCAGUUUAACAUUCUGUUUUUAAGGAGUCAAUAAUAUUUUGUCUACCAUGUUGUAUAAUUAAUAAAAUAUGGUGUCAAUAAUAA